CUUCCUCGCCGCAUUGACCUAUUCACUUCCUCCAUAAUAACUAGUGCUACUAGGUCCCCCACGGCCGAGGAGGAAUUAGAAAACAAAAUUAAAUCUCAAGUCUAGGGCGGAGAUGAACGUUGCGGAGGAGGAGGUGAGCAUGGAGAGGGAGGAGAAGGGCGGCAAUGUUCGCGAUGGCGAGGUGAGGACGACGGCGGCGGCGGCGGCAGCUGUGAGCCUGGAGACGCUGCGGAAGCGGAUGGCGGACUUCGCGACGGAGCGGGACUGGGAGCAGUUCCACUCCCCUAGGAACCUCCUUCUCGCCCUGGUAGGGGAGGUGGGGGAGCUGUCUGAGAUAUUCCAAUGGAAAGGGGAGGUGCCCAAGGGGCUGCCAGGCUGGGACGAUGCCGAGAAGGAGCACUUGGGCGAGGAGCUCGCCGACGUGCUCCUCUAUCUGGUGCGCCUGUCGGACAUGUGCGGCGUCGACCUCGGCAAGGCUGCCCUGCGCAAGAUGGAGAUCAACGCCCGCAAAUACCCAGUUGGACAGUGCAAGGGUUCAUCCAAGAAGCACACUCACUACGGCUCCACUAACAAUGUUGGCGACAGCGACAAAGCUAAUGCCGCGAACAAGGAGCAGCAUAGCUGUGGUGUCUAAAAUGACUCGGAGCUCCUUGAAUGGUAAUUUGGAUGGUCGGGCAUGAUCUAGGUUACGUGUGCUGAUGAAACAGGGAUGCUCUAUUUUGGUGGGAAAGGGACAAGUUGCGUGGGUUCAAGUUCCCCUAUAUAUUAGAUGGCUAAUGAACCAAGUGUUAACCACAAAGCUUCGUAGGCUGUAGCUCCCCUAUGUCUAAUGUGUACUGGGGCAUUCUGAUUCUGCUGGUUCAGUUAUGCAGCUUCAUAUGAUGCGAAAGCAAAGCUGACUAUUGCAGUAGUACUAAUGAGUACUGACAGUACUUUAUGAUGCAAAAGCUUUCUG